AUGUGUCUCUGGUUGAUAACUGCGUGUUUAGGACUUCUACCGACAAAUCCUCCACCACCAAAUGUUAUCGUCGUCCAGGGAGUUCCUACUCCAAUACUACAACCUACUACUGUUGCGACGACUGCUGCCACCGCAGCAUCAACAACACCGGCAGGCACUACCACCACUACCACAACAACAGCGCGUCCACCUAUGCCUGGAAAUAUGACUUCACCUCCGCCACCACCGGCAACUACCGCAGCAACUACUGCAGCAACUACUGCAGCAACUACUGCAGCAUCUUCCGCGGCGACUACUCCAGCAACUACCACAACAACUACCGCAGCAACCACCGCUGCAUCUACCGCUGCAACCACAGCACGCAGCAACUACUGCAGCAACUACUGCAGCAACUACUGCAGCAACUACUGCAGCAACUACUGCAGCAACUACUGCAGCAACUACUGCAGCAACUACUGCAGCAACUACUGCAGCAACUACUGCAGCAACUACUGCAGCAACUACUGCAGCAACUACUGCAGCAACUACUGCAGCAACUACUGCAGCAACUACUGCAGCAACUACUGCAGCAACUACUGCAGCAACUACUGCAGCAACUACUGCAGCAACUACUGCAGCAACUACUGCAGCAACUACUGCAGCAACUACUGCAGCAACUACUGCAGCAACUACUGCAGCAACUACUGCAGCAACUACUGCAGCAACUACUGCAGCAACUACUGCAGCAACUACUGCAGCAACUACUGCAGCAACUACUGCAGCAACUACUGCAGCAACUACUGCAGCAACUACUGCAGCAACUACUGCAGCAACUACUGCAGCAACUACUGCAGCAACUACUGCAGCAACUACUGCAGCAACUACUGCAGCAACUACUGCAGCAACUACUGCAGCAACUACUGCAGCAACUACUGCAGCAACUACUGCAGCAACUACUGCAGCAACUACUGCAGCAACUACUGCAGCAACUACUGCAGCAACUACUGCAGCAACUACUGCAGCAACUACUGCAGCAACUACUGCAGCAACUACUGCAGCAACUACUGCAGCAACUACUGCAGCAACUACUGCAGCAACUACUGCAGCAACUACUGCAGCAACUACUGCAGCAACUACUGCAGCAACUACUGCAGCAACUACUGCAGCAACUACUGCAGCAACUACUGCAGCAACUACUGCAGCAACUACUGCAGCAACUACUGCAGCAACUACUGCAGCAACUACUGCAGCAACUACUGCAGCAACUACUGCAGCAACUACUGCAGCAACUACUGCAGCAUUGACGUCUUAUAUGUGAGAACAGCGCCAAAUGUGAAAGUGCGAUUGGGCGAAUGGGACGCCGCGGGCACUUACGAACCAAUUCCUUACCAAGAGUAUACAGUGCAAAAAGUUUUCAGCCACCCUUCAUAUAUUGCGAAUACGUUGCAAUAUGACAUAACCGUAUUACGGUUGUCGGCGCCAGUGCCUUUUACGCCAGCGAACGGAUCCACAACUACCAUAAACAGGGUCUGCUUACCUGCAUCAUCAAAUUCUGUUUACACCGGACUUAGGUGCUGGGUAUCUGGAUGGGGUAAAAAUAUGUUCGGUGUGACCGGCCAGUAUCAGCAGAUCAUAAAAAAAGUCGAUGUGCCCAUAGUCGCGCCAGCUACGUGUCAAUCGCAAAUGCAAACGGCUCGACUAGGCCCAACCUUUGUGUUGGAUACUACUUCUUUUGUCUGUGCCGGCGGAGAAGCAGACAAAGAUGCUUGCACCGAGACCGGCGUGAAGUCGAAGUAUUAUAGCUCUGCGUUUCAUCCGGGCGAUGGCGGUUCCGGCUUAGUGUGCCAGGUAAACGGGCAGUGGGUGGUGGUGGGUCUGGUCGCGUGGGGCCUGGGCUGCGCGAACGCUAACGUGCCGGCCGCCUACGUGAACGUCGCCGCCCUUUUGCCGUGGAUUCAACAACAGGUUGCCGCGGCC